GCGUCUCUCUGCUGGUCUCAGCUGCUCUGUCCCUCCCUUCCUUCUCAUGGUGGUCAGUCGGCUCGGGCCUCGAGGCCUGGACGCUGCCGUGUGGGCUGCUUACACCACCGUCUUCAUCCCUCUGAGUAGCAGCCUGUUCUCCAGCAGAGCCCUGCACUUCUACCUUUGGCUUAAGCAGAUGAAGGAGCUGGAGCAGGAGAAAGACUCUCUACUAGCUGGGCUGGAUGUGUUGGAGCGAGCCAGAGAAUGGUACCAGACCCAGAUCCAUAACAUCACUGAAACGCAGAGACACAUCGGCCAGAGCCACCACUCCACCGAGUUUUUGGCUGAAUCUUGUCAGAGUCAGUUGGAAGUUGUUCUGCCUAAACUGCAGGACGUCACACGCUGCCUCUGCGAUUUACUUUCAUUCUCCGGGAAGACGUUCCCGUCCACAGGCUCCUCCAGCGCUCCUCCUGCUCCAGCACCUCCUCAGGCCAUCCACAUACUGAAGGAGCAGAACCGGCUCCUCACACAGGAGGUGACAGAGAAAAGUGAACGCAUCACUCAGCUGGAGCAGGAGAAAACAGCUCUGAUAAAGCAGCUGUUUGAAGCUCGAGCUAGCAGUGCUCAAAACAGCAGUGCUCUCGAUUCUACCUUCAUCUGAUCACCAUCACUCCAGAGAUCUGCUAAAAUCACAAUCAUGAUAUCCUCAGCACCACACUACACACUGAACCAUGCCUUCAUAUGAUUACUGUCACUCCAGAGAUCAACACAACAACACACUACACGCAGAACCAUCUGAGACAAAGAUUACAGGAUUUUCAGAGGAAUUUGAACAAACAACAGUCCAAGCUACGAUAUCAACACGAUUCACGGAGGAGCUGCAGCUUCACUUCUUAUUUCACCCUAAUUUGGGUGUCAGCUGAGACAAAAUACAUGAGAUGAGCUGAAGAAUAAACUGGAUUCCAGUGUAUGAAGGUCAGAUGGAAUGGAUAAACAUAUUUGAAUAGAGGCUGCGUUUAAAGUUCCUGUAUAGUUGGUAUGAAUGGAACUUUUAUCUGAACAGUCAAUUAUUGAGCUCAGUUAAGUAGACUUUUCCUUUUGGUUUGGUUUGAUUUGGUUUAUUUUUGCUGUGUUGCUUUAAUUAGCUUGCUGUUUUCUCUGAAAAAGUAGUACUUUUAAAUUCUUCUCAGUAAAAGCUCCAGAUCACUGUUAAAGGUGAAAAGUUGAAAAGACUUCUUAAAGACUUGAUGUAACUUUAGUGACAUAUCUUUUCUUCUGUAUUGAUGUAGAUCUGAGUUUAUUUGAGAUUAUUGAAAAAGAAAAAAAUGUAGGGCAAGCAGUCCAUUGGUUGAUUGGAUGGAUCUGAAUGUGAACUUGCAGUCGAUUGUAAGAAAGGAGUGAACAAAAUUAUCAUCACUAAAGAGAAAACUCAUUUUACCAACCAUUAUGAUUACAAAUUAUGAGGUCAAAAAAAAUGUGUAAAUGCACCUGCAGUGCAGCCAUUUAUUCUGUUCCAGUCCAGUGCGCUCCAUCUAGCUUUGAAUCUUUGAAUAAGAAUCCAUAUGAUUGUGCUUCUCUAUAAUAGAAGAAUAAUAAUGUCAUUGCCAUUGCCAUUGCCAAUACCACUGAAAAUUGCAGACUCUUCCACUAGUUUGUGUUUUUAAUAAUGGAAAUCAUUCUGGAGGGUUUAAAUGCAGAAAUGCGAAGCUUGUGUUCUUGUUGAAGCCUUUGCAUUAAUUCUUUAGUAAAGCGAGUGAUGUUUAAAGUCCGCAUGAAAUCAAAAUGGCCUUUAUUUACUUUACUAGCGCACAUUGCUAGUCUUA